AUGGAAAAUAAAUUACCAACAAAACAAGAAAUCAUUGAUAAGGUUGAUAGCUUACAAAAUGAGGCAAUUGAAAAGUUAAAGCAAUUGGUAUCAUUUGAUAGUUUGUUGGGUAAUGAAAACGAAGCUCAGAUUUAUAUGCACGAAGUAUACAACUCGUUGGGACUCAAGGUAGAUCGUUUCAAAGUCAAUUUAGAGGACAUCAAGGAUUUGAAAGGUUUCUCACCCGUCGACUGGAAGUAUGAUGGCAAGGAGAAUGUAAUUGGUAUCUAUGAACCUGACCCUUCACUUGCCAACACUGUCCCAAAUGGAAAGGGAAAGAGUUUGAUUCUCAACGGACACAUUGAUGUUGUGCCAACUGGUCGUGAUGCCUUGUGGACCAAAGACCCAUUCUCGCCAUACGUCAAGGACGGACGUUUGUACGGACGUGGAUCUGGUGAUAUGAAAGCUGGUGUCAUGGCAUCGGUUAUUGCACUCAAAGCAUUAAGAGAGUUGGGUUAUGCCCCAGCUUCAAAGGUGAUCCUUCAGUCUGUCGUCGAAGAGGAGUGUACUGGAAACGGUACGCUUGCUUGUCUUGCCAGAGGAUACACUGCCGACGCUGCUGUCAUUCCCGAACCAUUCCCCUUUAUUGUCACUGCCGAAGUUGGUAUUGUAUGGUGUCGUGUCCUCGUUCGUGGACGUCCCGCUCACGUUCUUGAGAUGGGUACCGGUGUCAAUGCUAUCGACGGUGCCAUGUACAUUGUCAACGAACUACGUCAACUUGAAGAAAAGUGGAACAAGGUCAAACAUCCUGCCUUUGAACAAUUCUCAGCACACCCCCUCAACUUUAAUCUUGGUCAAAUCACAGGUGGCGAGUGGACCAGUUCUGUCCCAUGUGAAUGCACCUUUGAACUCCGUGCUGGUUUCUACCCCGGUGCAGACUUGGCAGACAUCCGUAAACAACUAUCCGACUGUAUCGCAGAAGCUGCCAAACAAAAGGGUAUCGGUCACGAAGUCUCUUGGAAUGGUUUCCAAGCUGAAGGUUGUGUAAUGGAUAAAAAUUCAGAAUUAUUAUCAACUCUUGGUAAUGUUCAUAAACAAGUUUUAAAUAGAGAAGCCAAAUAUGAUCCAAUUCUUUGUGCUACUGAUUGUAGAUUUUUCCAAUUGUAUUACAAUAUCCCAACCACUUGUUUUGGACCAGAAUCAGAUUCUAUCCACGGUAUCGAUGAAAGUGUCAGUUUAGAGUCUUACAGAGAUGUCAUUAGAAUAUUAGCCUGUUUCAUUGCUGAAUGGUGUGGCUUACAACCAUGUUUCAAUAGAAUUACUGCUACUACUACUACUACUACUACUACUACUACUACUACUACUACUACUACUACUACUACUACUACUACUACUACUACUACUACUACUACUACUACUACUACUACUACUACUACUACUACUAGUCAUCAAAUUAGACUGAUUUCAAUUGACCAUCUUGAUCAAUUUGAAGAUUAUCUAAAUUACCAAUAG